AUGGCCGCGUCGCUCCAGUCCGUCACGGACUCGGAAGCGCCGAUGUGGACACAGCCUUCGCAGCUCUCUCCCAGCGCAACGCCUACCGAGGACUCAGCCCUAGCCACCGUAUCAACAACGUCUUCUUCUUGCACCGGCGCCUUUAGCGGGGAGAUGGCGCUGGCAGUGAUCGAGCGCACGGGGGCCACCUCUUCGGUGUUUGCUGCGCACGCGAAGAUGCACGUUCAGAACCGAACGCCGCUCCUGGUCAUCGAGAAUGUGCCGGACCGCAUUGCCUAUGAAGCGGUUGAUGUCGAAGCGCUGUACGAGUCGGUCAGCAAGUACAUCCGCGCAAGAGUGGCAACACGACCGAGGGACUACGUGGUCAGCAACAACCGGGACCGGCUCGCUGAGGACUGGGAGUGGUCGCAUGUACCAUCCGGCGUCCGACACCUGGAUGACGCCGAAAGCAGCGCAAGCGGCCGUCGCAUUGAGACGGAGCACUACAACGGUCAGACGACGUACAAGGAUUGCCAUCUCCUGGACUGGCUGGAGAGUGCGGACCCCACAUGGCUUCAAAGAGACGUCUUUAAGGGCGCCCGCCGAGCCAAGCUCUUCUCCGCCCUGGCGUUCAACUUUGGCUGGCUGCCAAGCGAUCUCAAGUUGUCGGAUCUGAAGAGUGAGGUGCAGAAAGGUGCUGCGUCGCAGUACGAACGGCGCAACAGGCCAGCAGCCCACACGGGGUGGGGCCCCGACGAGAUGCACGCCUACACAAAGUACCAACUUCGGCAGUUUGCCCAGAACAAGCUGAAGCGCCGCGCCAUCGGAGGCUAUAGCUGGCUUUUGCCAGCGAAGAGCUCAACCGGUGAGCCCGCGCCGUUGCCGGAUGAAGUGUUGAAGAUGGAGAGCAAAGCAAGCGGCUCCAAGCCUAAGCGCGACAAGGCUAAGAGGGAGAGGUCCGACAGCAGUGAGUGUGGCUCACAGAGCUCCAAGUCAAAUUGUGAGGCCAAAUCCCGCGACUCCAAGCACAAGCGUGACCGUUCACAGCGCGCUGACCGCACCAAAAUGUCUAAGAGAGAGCGGCAGGACAAGGCCAGCGAGAGCGACAGCAGUGAGCAACCUCAGGAGAAGAAGCGCAGCCGGCGUGACCGUGACACUGGGAAGCGGAAGAAGCGUGCACAGACCGACUCCCAAUCCCCAGCCCAGAGCAGCUCCGAGUCGGCCCACCCCGCCUCAACCACGACCAAGACAACGCCCAGGGUCGCCGGCUCUCCUAAGAUGCUGAAGGGCAUGCAGAAGCAAGGCAGGAAACAAGAGUUUAACAAUAUUCGUACUCCUGCAUCAGUUCUCAGUUUGCCUAGUUUGCCUUCUGGCUCAUGUGAUCGAAAGUGGCAUUUUCUCUUGCGCCCCGAAUUGUUGGAACGCCCCCCGACUCUUUAA